AUGAAAAAACUUUACGAUUAUGUUGAAAACUAUAAAAGUAUUGCAUCGCACCUCUUAGAUAAAUAUUAUAUAUGUACCGAAAAAUUAAAGAGUUACUUAGAUGAAAUUCAAAAUAUAUAUUUAAAAUCAAAGGAUAUUAAUAUUCCAGGAAGUAGCAUAUAUAACUAUAUAUUGCUUGAUUUUGAAAAUGUUAAUAUUGAAAACGAUCGCUGGAAUAUAACAUGUAAAGAAAUUAUACAGGAAAAACCCUUUUCACAGGGAAUUCAACGAUUAUAUACUUCUCAUGAAGGAGACAGUGCACAAACAUUAAAAUUACCGGAACCAGUAGUAGUGGAAUCAUCAGUAUUACCAAGACGAGAAGGAGAAAAAGGAUUAGCAGUAACAGACGUUGCAGUAGAAGAAGCAAAUUCAUCCGAUAAAGUUAGUAUGGAUUCAGUCCCUGUUGGAGACGAAUCUGAAUCAGUUAUUCCCACUAAAGUAGGUACAAUUGGUGCUACACUUGCAGGAUCUUCUUUAUUUUUAAUAAUGAUGUAUAUGGUGAAAAAACACAUAUUUAUUAAAUAUUAUCAUUUUGUGUUAAUAUUUAUAUUACAUUAUUAUGAGAAUUUAUUAAAAACAAACAAUUAUAUUUUCAAAUAUUAUACUCCCUUGGGUUCAUGGAUAAAAACAAAACUACUAAGAAGAAAUAAAUUAAUGGAAAAUAUGAAAAGGAACAAUUACGAAUUACUGUUAAAUGACAUUGAGAAUAGUCAGGCAGGUCUAAAAGAUACGAUGUAUCACAUAAGAUAUAAUUCAUCAUCAAAUCAGUAA